AGGUUUUUUCAUCUUAAAAGACUAUGACGAUGUACAUAUACACAUGUGUGUGUGCUCAUACCCUUUCUCUCUUUAAACCCCUGAAUUCAACAAAUCAACGCAAAGUGGAAUGUCGAGCCAAGUUGGGGAACAAGCAGUCGAACGAAGGAAUAGCGUCAGUGGUGCUCGUCCAACAAGCAUUCGACCGACAACAACGACGGCAUCUUCAAUUGAUUCAAUCGGUAAAUUAACUGUUGGUUCACGUUGUAUAAUCGCAGAUGCUGCAGAUAUACGGGGAAACGUUCAUAUAGGUGAUGGAACGAUCAUUCAUCCAACCGCGUUCAUUCAAUGUGUGAAUGAGAAUGGAAAGAUUGUCAUCGGAAAGGAUUGCAUAAUCGAAGAAAGGGUACACAUCUUUCAUCAAGGAGAAGGAGAGAUGAAGAUUGGAGAUAAAAACUUGUUCGAAGUAGGUGCAAGGAUUGAAUCAAGCACAAUAGGAUCACACAAUACCUUCGAAUGCAGGAGUAGGGUGACAGAUUCGGUCAUCAUUCAAGAUUUUACCACAGUCGGAGCAGGAUGUAUCGCUCAACCUCCACCAGAUUGGAUACCGGCAACGGUAGACCAAGGAGAUGAACAAGGACCACCUCCAAAGCAUCCUGCAUACACUUUCCCAUCUCAAACUGUCAUUUACGGCGAUCAAUCUACUGCAAGAAUAUGGAGCGGAAACGGUGUAAGACAGGCAGACGCACUAUAUGCUAAACAUCAAGAGCAUUUACGAAGAUCCAUACCGAAAGAAUUCAAACUGAAAAUUAUAAGAUGAGAUAUAUAAUAUGAUUGAAAUUCGAUUCGAUUUUUAACAACAAAAAUUACAGAUCAGUCACACAACCUUUACUGGCAUCGCUAACGUUCUUUGCGUAUUUGAACAAAUGUCCGGCUUUUGCUUUGAGCGGUAGUGGCUUCCAU